GACCUUGCUGAGGACCUUUCCGCAUAUCAGGUUUGCCGCGUGUGCAGUAGCCUUGAGCAAGAGUCUUGCAUCAAAUCAGACAUAUCAUUCAAACUCUCUCUGCACUUUAAGGCAGAUCAGUGUAUGAAGGAAAUGUGAAAAAAAAGCAAAUUUCCUGACAAGAGCACUUCAAGUGGAUGGAUUUCAUGGAAUUACUAAGCAAGCAGAUAGGACACGUAAGAUAGACUUUUAUUUAYUAUCAUACUCUGAUGGCGCUUAUGGCGAACUCGAGUGAUCUCUCGCCAACAAAGCUCUCUCCAAAGACACCAGUUAUGACAAUAACACUGAUCGAAAUUGUCAUUCUUUCUGCAAUUAAUGUUAUCGGCUCUCUCAUUGGAGCUUUUGGAAACAUUUUAGUAUUCAUGGUCGUGGCCAAAUGUCGCUACUUGGGCUGGCAAAAGACCGAGUUCUUUAUCUGUAGCYUGGCUGGGUCGGAUCUUUUGGUUUGUCUUCUUGCACAACCAUUGUAUGUAGCAUUAUUAAACAAACUGUUAUCGCCAAAUAUCAACGUUAUACGGCAAGCAGUCACAUGGAUCGCAACUCUAGCAUCUGUAAGUAGCCUUCUGACCAUCUCGAUUGAUCGCUUCCUUGCACUCCUGUUCCUACGAAGUUAUCGCUCCAAAAUGACAACAAAAACUGCUAUAAUGCUGGUGGCCAUAUCCUGGACCUUUUCUCUGAUAAAUGGGAGUUGUGCCUCUACAUUACAUAGAACAUUUCGUUUCGUCGCGCAAUACUUCGUCAUUGCUGUUUUGAUAGCAGUUCCUGUKCUUUACGCUGGAGUUUUUAUCAUAGUUCGRGUGCAGUGCGCCGAAAUGAAACGRCAAUUUCCGUCRCAAACGCAUAAAAUGCGCGCUUUUACGCGAGAGAAAACGGUGGCGAAGUUAAUUGGAGUUGUUGUUGGUGUUUUCUACCUGUGCUAUUUGCCGUUAAUUGUGCUACCAUUUUUUGSAAGAUCUCCUACGUCGAAGGCUACUGUUUUCCAGAGAGUUUUCCCUUGGAUAAACACUCUGGCGCUGUGCAAUAGCUGUAUAAAUCCCUACAUUUACUAUUGGAGAAGCUGGAGAUUUAGAGGUGCUAUACAAAACAUGAAUCUGGGUAAAACUAUUAUUCGAUUAAGGUCUAAAAAGAUCAGUGGMAUGGCCGAAAAUAGAGUCUAAACUGAAAAUCCCUUAAAAGGAUUAUUGACACAGACUUAAAAGAUAAUACUAUGUUUUUAAUGUGCUUGAUGUUCUCCGUUCAUAACAAUGUAAUGUUCGCUUUUGCCAAGAGCACUCGAAAAAAGACAUUCACAUCAACACAAAGUUCAACAGAUCGCGAAACAUUCUACGUGACAUUGAUAGCACUUUUUAAUUUCGCAAGAUGAAGAUGCUGAGCAUCUGUCUUUGGAAAGUACCGGCGAGUAUUUUGAGAUGAAUGCUAAUUAAUGCUGUCAGGAAAUGAAGGAACCUCUUAUUCACAUUUAUACAUAGAACUCAAAAAAAUAUAUAUUUAUCAUGAGCAAAUCACAAAAUAAUACUUGUAAAAUCGAUUUAUAAUGCUAAUACGGUGUAAAUAUUUAGGAAUAUAUUAGAGUGUGAAGUGUGCAAAUCCUCUAGGUCUAAUGGCGGUGCUGACAGUUUGCUCAUCAAGGCGCAAAAAAAUGCGGGCGUUUUUAGGCUGCCAUGACAACGAGGAAUAAAGUAUUGAAAACUACACUCGUUACUUUAUACACAAUCGGCAUUCCUUWCAAAUCUCAAUGAUCUCAGCUGUCACGCCAAAAAUACAAAGAAUUGCAUUUAGAUUUGUGAAAACAUAGAGGAACGAUCUCAAUGAUAGAUCGAAAUGGAUACAUGUUGAUAGCUUUUGAGGGCGGCAAAUAGAUGGA